AUGCAGCUCAGUACGCUGCGCAAGAUCGACCUGGAAGCACUUCCAAAAGUCGACGACGAAUCGGAUGACGCAGACGGUGUUGGGCAAGAUAUCGAUGAAGACAUCUACGAUGACGAGCAGGCAGUGCUCAAUGAAGUGAGUGCGAAGACCGAGAAAACGUCAAUCAAGCGAUCUACUUGGGCAUUGAUGGUCGAGAAGGGCCUCGAACUCAUGUGCCUUCACGAUACACAUCUUUGGCAGUUUACCGUCUUCGAUUCUGAAAACCCAUCUGUGACUGAGCAACGAAUAUCCGAUUGGAUCUUGAAUUCCAAGAUUGCUGUGGUCGACAUCCAGCUUGUCAAGGGGAGCGAUAGCGAGCACAGUCGCACUGAAGAGGAGGCCGCGCAGCAUCUGUCCGACCGGAUCGAAAGAACUAAAAUCGAAAAGCGACUACCACAACCAGCCAAAGUUUACAGUACAGAUAAUCUACCAUCUGAAGCUGCUCAUGAGCAUGAAGCCAAGACGAAGCGGGAAUUCGAGGGCAUCGACGAUCAGAACAGGCCUCGAAGUGAAAAAUACGAUGACGAACCACCAAAGGAUGAUACAUCACCAAGUGUGAAUCCAACUCAGUAA